CUUCAUCCUCCGCCUCCUCAUCCUCCGCUCCGGCUGCAACUUCAGCUCCUGCAGCAAAGGAACACCAUCGAAUCCUCAACGGGUCCGCUGUCUGGCUCUCCCAAAAUCUGCAGUAUUCUCAGUUUGAUUUAUCGUAACGGGAAGUGGGUCAGAACCAGACGCCUGGACUCUGCCACGUCGUUCCACACAGUUUCCAGACACAGGUAAAGCCGCCGUAGCGUCAUGCAUCCCAUACUGUAAUUACCAGCAGACGAGCAAAGACGUUACGCGUCAGCCUCCCAGAUGUAAAUAAUAAUUUUGCGAUGAGAGAUAACAGGGAUUUCUGACAGCUGCGACAUCUCCCUCUUAGUGAAAACCAUUACAGAGGCAGACCAGAGCUGAAAUAGCUGAAAGUCACGUUUGCCUCCGGUUACACCUACAAACGUUUCCCCCGUCAACACUAACACUGUUUAGUUAUCCUAUUAAAAAGCAGCUUGUAAAGGUUUUGCUGUUUGUUUGUGACUUGUGAAACGUACAAAAGUCGGAAUGUAGAUUUUUCUGUUCAUGAAAUACAGUAAUGGGGACCAUCUAAUAAUUAUUGCAAUGAAAUUAAUCAUAGGUCCCAUGAAUAAAAUUGUUUAAAAAAAAGGAAAAUGUUUGCCUUUAUGCCGUGAACACAAAUUUACUGUUGCGAUCCACUUUACGUCGGCGCUUGUUGUUUAUCGCGGGAAGAUAAAUUAGCGAAUAACUCAGUGAUCUAACAAAGCUAACAACCAGCUGCUAUCAAGCCGACUUAUUAGUCAGAAUAAGAUAAAAUACUGUAAUAUUUAUGCGGUCAGUGACGGGUUUGCUGUUUGGGGGGCGCUCCUCCAUCACAGUUGUCACCAUGGCGUCGGCCGCUCUGGAGCUGAUGGGCUUCUUCCUGGGCCUGCUGGGAAUGCUGGGCACCCUGGUGGCCACCGUGCUCCCGUACUGGCAGAUCUCCGCCCACAUUGGCUCCAACAUCGUGACGGCGGUGGCCAACAUGAGGGGCCUGUGGAUGGAGUGCGUCUACCAGAGCACGGGGGCCUUCCAAUGCGAGACCUACAACUCCAUGCUGGCCCUGUCCCCCGACCUGCAGGCCUCUCGGGCCCUCAUGGUCAUCUCCCUCGUGCUGUCCGUGCUCGCCGUCGCCGUCGCGGCCCUGGGGAUGCAGUGCACGCUCUGCUUGGAGGGAGCGGGCGCGGCUAAGAGUCGCGUGGCCGGCGCCAGCGGGGGUUUGUUCCUCACCGCGGGCUUCCUGUCGCUCAUACCAGUGUCGUGGACGACGCACGAGGUGGUGCAGACCUUCUACCGGCCGGACUUGCCGUCCAGCAUGAAGUUCGAGCUGGGGGAGUGUCUGUACGUGGGCCUGGCGUCCUCGCUGGUCACCAUGCUGGGGGGCGGGAUGCUGAGCGCGUCGUGCUGCGAGGAGCAGGGCGGCGGCAGACGGCACGCCGGAGGCUACCCGUACCCGGUGGGGGUCGCCGUGCCGGGCGGGGGGGCACGGACGACCUCGCAGACUUACCACAACCCCACCCUGCAAGCGGGGGCCUCCAGGGGGCCGGCGAUGGUCCGCAGUACCAGCCACAGCUCCCAGUCCACCGCACACGGAGCCCAGGGGGCCAAGAAGCCCGCCGCGGCAGGAUAUGACAUCACAGGUUACGUCUGAGGUUACCAUCACUCCAUCACGCCUUUAAAUGCCUGACAGCUUACAUGUGUUUGGCCUCGGUUAUGAUCAGGACUCGAGUAGCUUUAAAGAAUGACUUCUCGCUGGUAGUUUAUUGGACUUUUUCGUCAGUGAGGCACAAGAUUUAAGCCUCUUCUAAAGUUUAAUAAAGCCCGUCAGUUUUCUCUGUAAAUGUUGUGUCUUCUGGUCACAUGACCAGACCUUCUUCUUUCUGUUAUGUAGAAAAGUUACACUCUUGAAAAGACAAAGCGACCCUUUGAUUGUGUUGGGCUGAGUGUUUUUAUUGAUUGACCCAUGCAGACAUUGAUCAUUUUAUCAAGAGGAGAAAAUGAUCAAAAUGAAUCGUAUGCUGUCUUUGAAGUUGAAUUGAUCUUGGAAACAUGUGAUUAAUUGAUUUGGUCGUUUCUAGUCUUUAACUCUUUUGUCAGUUAAAAAAAAAAAAGAAAAAGAAAAAUCCCCAAAGACUUUCAACUUUCUAACAGACUGACUGGUGACUUGAAAACAACUUGGUCCCGCCUCUGUUAGGCUGUAAACCAAAUCAAAAUGUACUUUUCUACCUGAUUACGACUAAAAAAAUACACAUAAUUCCAAUACUGUUACCAUGCUUAUGAAUAUUGUGCCUUAUUAUUUUUAUUACAGUGUGAAAAUGUUCUUUUAUUUGGUUUGACAGUUAAAUAUAUUCAGGCUGAAACACGAAUGCUGUUUGAUGAACUUCUUGCAGCAUCAGCAGGUGGGAGUUUUCCUUCCCUCCUCUGGACGUAUAUUUAUACACAUUAGUGUGAAGAUCCUUCUUUCACUUUUUUUACCAGUCUGAUGAUCGAUGCACCUGCAGUCAGUCGCAUUGAGCCGUGGUUGCGAUGCAACAUUUAUCUCUCACAUCUUCAUCAGAGGGUCUCAGUUGAUUUACAUUUUCUACAGAUUUAUCACUUUUAACAGGCGAUUAAAACAACCAUGAUUAAAAAAUAACAUUUAA